AUGGCAGCACCCCCUCUCCCCCCCUCCUCCUCCUCCUCCAAUCCCGCUCCUCGCAAGCUGCCGUCUGUGCCUGUCACCAGCGUCGCAAUGACGGUUGCUUACGACUCUUCGUUCCGGGGUUGGUCCUCGGGCUCUCACGGAGCCGUCUGCCUGGAAGACAAGUUCGAGGUCCUGAAGGAUGUCGGUGACGGAAGCUUUGGCAGCGUCUCGCUGGCACGCGUGCGGAGCGCCGGCGCUCACAUCGCACGGAGAGGCACCUUGGUUGCCAUCAAGACGAUGAAGAAGACGUUCGACAACUUCAACCAAUGUCUGGAGCUAAGAGAAGUCAUUUUCCUGCGAUCAUUACCCAACCACCCCCACCUUGUGCCCGCCCUCGACAUCUUCCUGGAUCCCAUGAGCAAGAAGCUGCACAUUGCCAUGGAGUACAUGGACGGCAACCUCUACCAGCUCAUGAAGGCGCGCGACCACAAGCGCCUGGACUGCUCCACCGUCAAGAGCAUCCUCUUCCAGAUCAUCUCGGGCCUCGAGCACAUCCACGAGAACAACUUCUUCCACCGCGACAUCAAGCCCGAGAACAUCCUCGUCUCGACAUCUGCCCCCGACACAGGCAACGCAUUCAAGAGAUACUCCGCUCUCGUCACGCCGCCCUCGACCCCCCCUUCGUACACCAUCAAGAUCGCCGAUUUCGGUCUCGCCAGAGAAACCCACUCCAAGCUCCCCUACACAACCUACGUCUCGACGCGUUGGUACAGAGCUCCCGAGGUCCUCCUUCGCGCCGGCGAAUACUCGGCCCCCGUCGACAUCUGGGCCGUUGGUGCCAUGGCCGUGGAGAUCGCAACCCUCAAGCCCCUUUUCCCCGGCGGCAACGAGGUCGACCAGGUCUGGAGGGUGUGCGAGAUCAUGGGCAGCCCUGGAAGCUGGGUCAACAAGCACGGCGCCAAGGUUGGCGGCGGCGAGUGGAAGGAUGGCAUCAGGCUGGCCCAGAAGCUGGGCUUCUCGUUCCCCAAGAUGGCACCUCACGCCAUGGACACCAUUCUGCAGGCGCCCGAGUGGCCCGCAAGCCUGGCACAGUUUGUCACUUGGUGUUUGAUGUGGGAUCCCAAGGCCCGCCCGACUUCUACUCAGGCCCUGUGCCACGAGUUCUUCCAGGACGCCGUCGACCCGCUCCGCCCCAAAUCGUCCGCCUCGCGUUUCCUCAACCGCAAGCACUCCGACAUGAGCAACACGUCCGGCAAAGACUCGACCGACACGCCCAGCCUCACCUCGAAGACGUCUUCUUGGUUCCGCAAGUCUUUGGUUGCCAGGGACAGCUCCCCCGCCAUUCCGCAGCACAUCAGCGCGCCGAAACCCAUUUCCCCUCAGCCUUCGCCUCAGGCCUCGAACACGUCCGCCGGCACCCUGACGACUAAGCAGAGACGAGACGCAGCGAAGAGGGCCACCUGGACGAAUGGUGUUUCAGGAAAUGUCACCGCUCAGGCCGGCCAGAACCCCAGUGCGAACGAGAAAGCCACGAAGAAAAUCGGCCGCCAGCUGUCGCUCGCGUCGCACGGUAACCACUACGCAGAUAUCCACCGCGCCGAAGCGGAGCGUGCCCUGAACGGACAGUCCGGCCUCGCAUCCCCAUCGAAUCCAUUCAAGGAGGGCUUCUUCUCCCAUCUUCGCAAGCGUGCAAGGCGACUUUCUGGUCGGUACCAAGCUCCACCUUCUCCCUCGUCAGGCGACAUCGAAGCAAGCGCAGGAUGUCUAGCUUGGGGCAGCAGCAGCAACCGGCACUCAAUGAACAUUGAUCCCCCACCUGCACCCACGAGCAACCCAAUGCAACAGUCAGACUUUGCUGAGAUGGACAAGGCCUUGCAGCACGUGCGUUAUAGUUUGGAAGGACUCUCCCCGGCCGGUAGCGUGAAGGCGUCCCCCUCGCCGCGGGUGGCAAGCAACCCGAUGCUGAAGCGACACCACUCCUUGCCCCACGGAAGCGAUAGCAAUGGCAGAGGCCCCGUUUCGAGUCGAACUCGCCGCGCCGUCCAGCAGCAGCCCUCGGCCGGCCACCGUUACGAGACGCCCAACGAAGAGGAAGAGCUGCUUGACGAAGCGCUGGUUUCUGCACACAAGGCUUCGAAGCGGUUGGCGAGAAACGACGGCCCGACAAGUAACCCUGCAUAUCUGACACCUUCCCCAUCUGCAAACCGCAACGUCAGCUUUGGCAAUGGCAGUUACUCGACACCCACCAAGCCCGUCGACAUCGCGAAGCGCCAGCACCCGCAAGCUGCUGAUCCCAAGUGGCCGACGCCGCCGUACGAGGAGAACGAGUGGGCUGCAGCUGCAGCAGCGAGUAUCUUCGCCGCCCAGAACGCCUAUCGGUGA